AUGGUUUCCGCUAAGAAGCACGUUCCUAUCGUCAAGAAGCGCACCAAGCGUUUCAACAGACAUCAGAGCGACUCCUACAAAUGUGUCGACGCAAGCUGGAGAAAGCCCAAGGGUAUUGAUAACCGUGUCCGAAGACGGUUCAAGGGACAAAUGGUUAUGCCAUCGAUUGGUUUCGGAUCCAACAAGAAGACCCGCCACAUGAUGCCAUCCGGCCACAAGGCCUUCCUCGUCAACAACACCUCCGACGUUGACCUCCUCCUCAUGCACAACAAGACCUUCGCCGCAGAGAUCUCCCACGCCGUUUCAUCGAGAAAGAGAGUUGAGAUUGUUGCACGCGCCAAGGCACUUGGUGUUAAGGUUACCAACGCAAAGGCAAGAGUUACGACUGAGGUUUAA